AUGAAUGGCAGUUCCAAAAUAUCGUCUAAGAGAGUUCUUAUCGAUGACAAGCUCGUACCAGCUACUAUUACCUUUGAGAAUGGUGUGAUAACUGAGAUUGUCAGUGGACUUCAGGAUGGUGCCAACAGUUAUGGUAAUCUGGUGAUUUUACCCGGGAUUGUAGAUGCACACGUUCAUCUUAAUGAGCCGGGUCGUACCGACUGGGAAGGAUUUGAAUCUGGUACAAAAGCUGCAGCUGCUGGAGGUGUGACAACCGUUGUGGAUAUGCCGUUAAAUGCAAUCCCUCCAACUACAACCGUUGAGAACUUCGACACUAAAGUCUCUGCGGCAACUGGUCAAUGCUGGGUCGAUGUCGCAUUCUGGGGCGGUGUUAUUCCCGGGAAUGAAAACGAACUUCUUCCUUUGAUCAAAAAGGGCGUUCGUGGGUUCAAGUGUUUCAUGAUGGACUCAGGUGUUGAGGAGUUCCCCCAAGUGUCUUUAAGCGACAUUGAUACUGCCUUAGCCAAGUUAACUGGUCAGCCAACUAUAAUGAUGUUCCAUGCUGAGCUAGACACUUGUGCUGCCCAGUCCAAUGGCGGUGAUCCCUCUGCCUAUCAAACUUUCUUAGAGUCACGUCCGGAUCGUUUUGAAGUUGACGCUAUCAAAGCAAUUAUUUCCGCAAUGAGCCGGGCACCUGACGUACCUCUGCAUAUUGUUCAUCUCGCAUCUGCGGAAGCUACUGGCCUUGUGGAGAGCGCACAGAAGAAUGGAGGCAAGUUGUCUGCCGAAACGUGCUUCCACUAUCUCACCCUUGCUUCUGAGGGUGUAGAAGAUAAGUGUACGCUUUUCAAAUGUUGCCCCCCAAUCCGGUCUUCUAAAAACCGUGAUGGCCUUUGGAACGCUUUGAAAGAAGGAGUCAUUGAUUCUGUCGUGAGCGACCAUUCACCAUGCACACCAAAUCUCAAGAAGCUAGAAGAGGGUGAUUUCAUGUCUGCUUGGGGUGGAAUCUCGAGUAUUGGACUUGGUUUGAGUAUUCUUUGGUCACAGGCUUCGGAGCGUAGUAUUACUUUGGCUGAUAUCUCUCGUUGGACUUCCCUCAACACAGCUAAACAGUGCGGGCUCGAGUCUCGUAAGGGUAGCAUCGAAGUUGGUAAAGAUGCAGAUUUCUGCGUUUUCGACCCAGAGGCCUCCUGGGAAUUCGACCAGUCGAAAAUGUUUUUCAAAAACAAAUAUUCACCUUAUAAUGGCAUGAAAGUUCGCGGGAAAGUUAUCGAGACCAUUCUUCGUGGAAAUUGUAUCUAUCGCUUCGGGGAGCAAUUUUCGAAGGCUCAAGGCCAAUUGAUUCUUGAACCACGCACAACAUAG